AUGCAAAGGCUUGCUCAUUCAGACGGAGAACUGGCAACUGCGAGAGCCUGUAAGAAGAUGGGUAUCGCCAUGGGUCUCUCAUCCUUUGCAACGACGACACUGGAAGAUGUGGCCGAGGCGAGUGGCGAUAACCCACAUGUGCUUCAGCUGUAUCUCUUCGAAGAGCGUGACCACAGUGUCAAGUUGUUGAAGAGAGCAAAGGCGGCAGGCUACAAGGCCGUCUUCCUUACAGUCGACACACCUAUCCUCGGCCGUCGCAAUCUCGAAAUCAGAAAUCAGUUCAAGCUGCCAUCACACUUCAAGAUCCCCAACUUCGAGGGUCAAGGCGACAACCAACCGGAGGCCGAGGCCGAACAGAGAGGCCAAGGCGCAACUAGAAGAGGUAGUGAGGCUGGAUACACAGACGGCGAGGGCAACAGAGUGGUGCCAAAGGGGCCUAUUACCUUCCACUCACAUGCAGCCAACCCGACACUUUCCUGGGACCGAGACAUCGAGUGGCUCAAGAAGGAGUGUGGAGACGAGAUGCAGGUGUGGGUUAAAGGCAUCGCAACCGCCGAGGAUGCCCUGUUGGCGGUUCACCAUGGCGUCGACGGCAUUGUCGUGUCCAACCACGGUGGAAGACAGCUGAGUAAGAGAAAGCGGUAUGGAAUCAUGAGAGCGAGUGCUGACAGAUGUUCACAGNAUGGCGCACUAGCAACAUUGGACGCGCUUCCCGAGGUGGUGGCAGCGGUGCAGGGCAAGAUCCCAGUGCAUGUAGACGGCGGCAUCCGACACGGAACGGAUGUGUUCAAGGCACUGGCGCUGGGAGCAGAUUUCGUAUGGAUUGGUAGACCGGUCCUCUGGGGGCUGGCAUACAGGGGCCAAGCAGGAGUUGAGCUGUGCUUGCGCCUGCUCUCGGACGAGAUCAAGCUGGCCAUGGGUCUUGCUGGCGUCACAAAGGUCGACGAGAUUUCCAAGGAAUAUCUGGUCAAGAUUGACAAGAGCGGAUUUGUCGCAAGGCUGUAG